GUAUAUACAUUUGUUCCAAAUGCGGCUAUGAAUUAUUCUCCAGCCAGUCCAAAUUCCUCCAUUCGUCCCCUUGGCCAGCCUUUACCCGUCCUAUUCACAGUGACAGCAUCUCCAAGUACUUAGAACGCCCAGGAGCUUUCAAGGUCUCAUGUGGCAAGUGUGGGAACGGCCUGGGUCAUGAAUUCCUCGAUGAUGGCCCCAAAAAGAGCCAAUCUCGUUUCUGAAUAUUUAGCAGUUCUCUCACAUUUGUUCAUAAAGAUCAAUCUGGGAAGAACGUGGAAAAAUAAACAGGCUGACAGCACUUUGGGGAAACCCCACUCUGAGCCUUUGGUGUUGGAUGGGAAGCUUCCAUUGCAACGUGAUCUUAAACUGAACGAAACCAACUUGCUGGACUUCUCCUCUUCCUCCAUUCAGAUCCAAGUAACCAGCACCUGGUCCGGCCAUGAGAUGCUUGGCAGUGCUCCAAGUGUGGAAAGCCGCACCCCAGAAUUCCUCCAGGAGUUGCAUAUGCCAGAAUAUUUUCCCCCAAUUCAGAUGUGAACUGGACUUGCUCAGGUUAUUCUGCUUAAGCUAGCAGGCCAGAGCUAGCGUAAAGGGGGCUGCAAGUGAAUAGACCCCUGUCAGUGGCAUUUUUCAGAAGCCUUUUUCAAUGGCGUUUUAGGCCUUCCGGCUUCCCUUCUUCUCACUGUCUGCUUCCACUGCUUUUGUUAUGCCAGAGAGAGGGGAGUUAUUACCAAUUGCAACCCAAUAUUUGCCCCUCUUUCUUCACUUGGUCCUGAGUGAAUGAACUCCUAGCCUUCGUGCCACUAUGGUAUCAGAGAGAUGGGGUGUGCCCUUAUAGACUACUCCCACUUGCGAAACCCACAAGAAAUGUGGCAGGAAGCAAUGGUGCCUCUGGAGUAAUUUUUUGGGGAAAUGUUUAAGAUGCAUGUUGGUGUUUCUGGUGGAGCUUAAGACCUCUGUGAUGCAUCAGAUCCCACCAAUCAUCUCCCUCUAAGCACAUUCCUCCAUCAUCACUCUGCUCCAGCAGGAGGUUAAGCAAGGUAAUAAUUUUAAUGGUCUGCUCCUGGCCAGAAGAAGCUGCCGUCGCUGUUGUAAGAUUUACAAAUGGGCUGUAUUUAGAUUCUCCAGAAGGCCCCUUCUUCCCUACAGCAGACAGUCUGCAUUCCUGGGUCCCUUGUCCAGGAUGCACUAUGGAACACCCUAAAAUGCUGCUACUCCAAAAUCUUUCCUCCUGCCCCUCCACACAUCCUCAGAAAUGUACUUGCCUUUUCCUGCAGACUGACCUCCUCUCUCACUGUUUGUGAGCAAGACUCUCUGGCAUCUGAAAUCAUCCUUCUGUCAAGGUGAAAGUGGCGCCUUUCCAACUCCCUGGCAUAACAUUAGCAUCUGGUGGAUGCCACAAGCAUCAUAAUAACAUUACACAGGGGAUGUGAAGUAUGUAAUAUCUGCAUAUAGGUUGUGAUGAUGUCUUGAUGCAUAAGCAUCACUGUGGCUUCUGCAUAUUAUGUAAUUCACAUUGUUUCCAUAAUGUUGCUGAUGCUCAUAAUGUCACUGACUUUCCCCAUAGGUGUCCCAUGUCUAUCCUGGGGGGCAUUUUCUGGUGUAGCAUCAUGGUAUGAAUUGCCCUAUGUAAACCCAUUUUGGAAAGCAGGGGUGAGGAACAUCUAUAUGAGCCUCCCAGAAAAUGCCCCCGGGAGCAAGUAUCGCCUACCUGGCACCUUUAGACCCACAGAACUCUCAGGAAAAGAAAAUGAGUAACCUAGUUGGCAUUUAAUGUUUUCAUAGAGCAAAAAUGAACUAAGUUUUUAAACUUGAUUGAGAAACAGAUGAAUUGGAUGUCCUUUUGACUUCAAUGUGAGCCCACCUCAGGUGCAUCAGAAUCCCUUUGCGUCACCAUUAGAAACAGAGGUCAUAGGAAGGCGAACGAGAGCCUCACUUCUGAGAGCUGCCAAUGAAUGAGAAAUACGUGAAAGGAGAGGUUGCAGGUCUUGUCUAGGUUGCAACUUGUUGAGGUCACUUACAAUUCCUAGAGCACACUAUGGGUGACAAAGUUGGAUCUGAAUUAGAAUUUAGUUGCCCUUUGGUAGCCCUGCACCAAAGAAAAUACCAUUUGGCUGGUGGUCAUUCUCUGGAGCCAAAAACUGCAGCCCAUCACAUGUGCAGGCUCUGAAUGCUAACAGAAGAAACCAGUGUGACCUCUCUGUUCAAAGGGCUAAUCUAUAUAAAU